AACAUUCAAGGAUGUAACUUGGCUGAAGAAUGAGACAAUAGUUUUCAACUUUCCAUGCUCUCUUCUUUGCACUGACUCAAGUUAGACAAUAGUUAAAACGAGAUGAUUUGAGAAUUUGAAUGCAUGAGAGCAAUGUUAAAAGUGAAGUUCUGAACUGUUACAGUGAACAAGUUUGCAAAACUGUCCAUCCCAGUGUGUGAAGAUGGCAUCUACAUUCAUUUUCAGAACACAGAAGAGUUCAUGGUCACAGAAACUGGAGAUUUAAAGUGACUUCUCAGAAAUCAGAAUAUUACAAAAUACUACAAAGAAUUAAUCAUUAGUUUAUAAUUAUAUAGCACCAAAUGAGGAAUUCCUUGGUUAUAGCCUUCUCUAUAACCAUAUGCUUCAUCGCCUUUGUGAUAUCCAAGAUUUUUAUAUCGAUCCUCCUCUACAAGAGAUGGAGAAGAAAACAUGUGAUAUAUGAAGAAGGUUAUGCAGGAGGGAAGAUGGUAAUAUUUAGGUCCUCAGUGCUUAAGUCUCUCACAUCUGAUGUGAUCUUAAAGAAGACACAGAAACUGAACAACAAGGACAUUAUUGGAUCUGGUGGUUAUGGUGUGGUUUAUGAACUAAAACUAAAUGACUCCACAGCCUUUGCGGUGAAAAGACUUAACCGAGGAACAGCACAGAGAGACAAAGGUUUUGAGAGAGAGUUGGAAGCAAUGGCAGACAUAAAACACCGCAACAUUGUGACUCUUCAUGGAUAUUACACUGCACCACUCUACAAUCUUCUCAUAUAUGAGUUAAUGCCCAAUGGAAGUUUGGAUUCCUUUUUGCAUGGAAGAUCAAAGAACAAGAAGGUUUUGGAUUGGCCAACAAGAUACAGGAUAGCUAAAGGUGCUGCUAGAGGAAUAUCAUAUCUUCACCAUGAUUGCAUCCCUCACAUUAUCCAUAGAGACAUCAAGUCAAGUAAUAUAUUGUUGGAUCAAAAUAUGGAGGCCCGAGUUUCCGAUUUUGGAUUAGCCACUUUGAUGCAACCGAAUGAAACUCAUGUUUCAACAAUUGUGGCUGGAACUUUUGGAUACUUGGCACCUGAAUAUUUUGAUACAGGAAGAGCAACGGCAAAAGGGGAUGUUUAUAGCUUUGGAGUUGUGCUAUUGGAGCUUUUAACUGGGAAAAGACCUAGUGAUGAAGCAUUUAUGGAAGAGGGAACCAACCUUGUCACAUGGGUCAAGGCUGUUGUUCAAGAGAAGAAGGAAGAGUUAGUUCUUGAUGAUAGCUUAGAGUCUUGUCCAAUGCAAGAGGUCAACAAGGUUUUCAACAUUGCUAUGAUGUGUCUUGAACCAGAUCCCUUGAAGAGGCCAAAUAUGGCUGAGAUUGUCAACUUGCUUGAGUGAACAGAACAAGCUAACUUGUUGCUGCAUCUUGAUGUUUCACACAAAAAACCAUCACUCUAAAGUUUCUGUAAAACCAUCCAACAAGCAUUGGCAGAGCCAUCAAACACCAAGAUUAAUGUAGUUUGGGAAGGUCAAGCCCAAGAGGGUGAAAACAAGAUAUGAAAAAAUAUACAUGUGGACUGAGAGACGUUAAUAUGCGCCUUGACAUGGUUACAUGCCAAUCCACCAUGUUGAAUACGCCAAGACUAGGAUAAAGUAGAUGAAGCUUUGGUCAGAAAAGCACAUUUAUACGAUGAAAAUUUUC